AGCACAUGGCACUGAGGUAACACCUGAAAACGUUUUGCACUUUUUAUGACCUCCGAGUAAUAAAUAAUAAGCCUUUUUGGGUUAUUUGGAUGAGUGCGGAUCUUUUUGGUCUAUUAAUCAGCAAUAUAUUUAAUCAUGUCUGAGAAUUUGAAAGAAAAAUUUGUCAAAUUUUCAGCUUCACUUAUCAUAUGUUGUGACAUUUAAGGAUUUUCAGCUGGAGCACCUGAUAUACUGUAGGUGAAAUUUUGAGGUUUCCACAUAUCUGGACUCGCUGUUUACUCUGAGAGGUUUGACAAAUCCAAUGAACCCAAAGAGAUGGAAUGGAAGCGGAAACGGAGGCACAGAUACAGCAGCGUUUCCCUUUUCCUCAUUGUGAUCAUGUUUGUGGUAUGCAUCGUUUUUCAGGGUCAGUGGAUUUUUCCACACAAAAUCCAAAAUCCCAACAAGUUAACGGAGCUUGAAGUGUCCUCUUCACCACUAAAUUCAAAUGAAAAUGUCAUCUCAGCUUUGGAUGAAAGUCUGCAGCAGGGGUUGGAAAACUCCUUGCUUUCGAACAUCAGUUCAAGCGAAGAGAUGAGAGUGGCAAGGAUACUUAAAGAGGAACCUUACGAGUACAUCCUCAACGAGCCGAGCGCAUGUCUGCUGCAAGCACCUUUCUUAGUGCUUUUGAUUGCAGUUGAGCCCAAGAAAACCGAUGCCAGGGACGCCAUCAGGAAAACGUGGGCUAAUGAAAUCGUGGCUGGGGGUUUGGGUUUCGUCCGCCUUUUUUUCAUAGGUGUAAAUAAAGACACCCAAAGAAAUGGCAGUAAACUGCAGCACACAAUAGAGGAAGAAAGUCAUCGGUAUCAUGAUAUCAUCCAGCAAGAUUACAGGGAUACUUACAACAACCUUACCCUGAAAACGCUGAUGGGGAUGUACUGGAUCACAAAGUAUUGUCCCGAGGCCAAAUACGUCAUGAAGACAGACAGUGACAUGUUUGUCAACACCGAAUACCUCAUGGAAAAACUCCUAAAGCCCAAAGGGCAACUAACACAGAAGUAUUUCACAGGACUUCACAUGUCAGACUUCUCUCCAAACCGAAACAAAGAGAGUAAAUGGUACAUGCCCCUAGAAGUGUACCCAGGUAGACGAUACCCCACCUUUUGUUCUGGGACUGGAUACGUCUUCUCCGGUGAUGUGGCCCGAAGGAUAUACGUGGCAUCUCUGACCAUACCCAGACUACAUUUAGAAGAUGUUUAUGUGGGUAUGUGUCUAGCUAAACUGAAGAUGGAGCCAACGCCACCACCAAAUGAACUGCUGUUCAAUCACUGGCGAGUGCCCUACUCUAGCUGUAGGUACAGCAACCUGAUCACCUCUCAUGGAUUUCAUCCCAAUGAGAUCAUCCAGUACUGGCAGCACCUGCAGAGCAACAAGCACGAUCCCUGCCAAACGACUGGGUAGAAUGUUUAAUUAAGUUGUGACAAUGUUUCAUGCUUGGUGGUGGUUUAAAGCACAGAUUAAAGCACAGGAGGGUUCUGGACAAACUUACCUGUGUUUUUUUUUUUAUUUUUUUUAUUUUCACUACUGCAAUCUGUCACUCACUACAUCUUUACGAAUCUGACUGAUUUGAUUGUUAUAAAACACAAGUUGUUUUAAAUAUAAAGUCUUAUGAUACAUGGGAUUGUAAACAUGCAGCAAAAAAGGUCUUUAAAGGGAUAGUUUACCCAAAAAUGAAAAUUCUGUCAUUAAUUACUCAAC